UUAGUAAAUAGCAAUUGUUCAGGAUUGGAAAGUAUUACCUAUCGUAAUCAUAAUUCUUUUCUUUGCAUUGAAAUUUUAUCGUAAAUUUAGUUAUCGUUAUUUGUUUGCUACUAAUUUCUCUUAAAAAUAUUGCCUUUUAAACUCAGGUUAUGUGCUAUUAUUUAGUGUUGUGUUAUUAAUAUGCAGAUACACUUACGGAUAAUUAUGUUUUUAAUCGUUGUUACAAGAUGUACAAAUGUUUUGAAACGAACAUUCAACUACAAUCAAAAUUAUUGAAUAUUAUUCCAAAAAUAAUUAGGAAUUUUAAACCAUGCGAUUAAAAAGUGUUAUUUAACAAAGCUGUGUUAUAAUGAUUGAAGACAGUUUAAUAUGGUUUGUGUCUGGUGGUCUUUUGUUUACCACCAUUCUACUGAUUUUUGCUUGUAUCUGUGGAUGCCAUAAAUCUGUUCCCAAAAAUGAACUACUUGGGCUUGCUGGCAUGGUUAAAAUCACAAAUCCAGACAUUGAACCUGAACUUAUUGAUAAGAACUUAUCGACCAAUCCUUCACCCACAAAUAGUGCUAAAAGGAGUUCUGCUGGAGCAACCUUAUCAUCAGCUACUAGGAGCCUUCCUGAUUUGCCAGUUGAAACUCCUAGAGGGUCAGACGCAGUUGCUACGGCUGUAUGGUAUGGUGGCGAUACUAAUUCAGAAUUAUAUGCAACAGUAGAAGAAAAUAAAAAUGAAAAUAAAGCAGAUUCAUUAAAAUAUAAAAAUAAUAUCCUAUCACCUUCCAGUGAUGAAAAUGCAUCUAAAAGUGAAUGCGUUUAUGCUUGUGUAAAAAAAGAAAAUCCAUAUGACAAACUGCUUCAAGAGCAUCCUUAUGCCAAAGUUGGUGUUAAUAAUCAAAAUAAUCAGGCUAAUAAUUCACAAAGAAUAGAAAAAUCUAGUUCCUCUGAAUCUAUUGAUAUGGAUGUUGUAGAUAGAGGAAUACCCGAUCAAGAUAUUGCUGCAGCUAGUGUUAUUGCUGGUGAUGAAUCAGCUAGUGUCAAUAUACCAUACAUGACUCCACCUAUAGGUCCAACUGAAAAUCCUCUAAAUGAACAGAUACGACAGGGUCAUUACAGUGGUGAUUCACAUGACUCCAGUAAAGGAUAUACCAGUAUAAGUGUUCGAGAACCAUUAUCUAGAAUUAUGACUAACAUUCAAAAUGGUAAUGGUAUAUCUACUGAUUCUCAUUAUGCUUUUGUUUCUGAUGAUUCAGAUGAAAUGUAUGCUGCAAUCAUUGAUCCAACAAAUAAUGUUUACACUAGUGGUAGUGAAACAUAUGCCCAAAUACCUAGUAUUAAUAAUGCCCCCGUUUCAAUGGCAGCUAAUAAUAUCUACCCGUCAACAUCACAUAAUAAUGAAAAUGAACAAACUCUCACACAUUCCAGAAAAGAUUCCUCUUCCAGUAAUGUUAGCACUAAUUCUCCAAAACCUGAAAAACGUCCAGCUAAUUCACCAUUACCCAAACCACCUGAACAUCUUGAUGAAAUGUAUGCAAAAGUAAUGAAAAAACGUAAUGAUUCUUCUGAACAGUUACCUGCACCUAUAAUGCCUUCAGCUCUUUACGAUGAAGGUAUUUAUGACAGAUUAGUUGAACCAAAUCUUCCUCGGUCAUUAGAUAUAGAUCCCAAUUACGAAGAGUUAAGACCAACAAAUCAUGGUUAUGCUCGGAUAAAAAAAGUUGACAAUCAAUCUGAACCAGACUAUGCAAGUUUAACUAGAACAAUUACAGCUGAAUAUGUGGAAAAUGAUCCCAAUUAUGAAAGCUUAAAAAUAGAUUUAAAUGAAAUAAAUCACAAUUCAAUAUAUUCAGAAGUCAAUAAAAGGUAGCUUUUAACUAAGCAUUGAUUAAAAACGAUUUUUUUAUUUUUAAUCGAUAGUAUAAGUAAGUGGAUUUUAAUAAUAAUUAGUAUAAAUUCUUAAUUCCAUUUCUAUUUUACUUUUGUACCUGACAUAUGUUAUGCAUAUUUUUCCAAGUAAUUAAGUUGUUAGAUAAGUUUCACUUUUUAAAUAUUGCACAACUUUAUGACAAACAUGCUUAUAUUAUCAACCUAAUAUUUAUAUAGAAGCCAAGUUAAUGCUCAAUACAUUUUUUUAUGAUUGUUUAAAGUAGAUAAUGUUAUGUAUAAAUUGAAGUUAUAUUUUUUCAAUAUGAUUCUACUAAAGAAUGUUAGAUUUAUAUUAACAGUUAUUAAAAGAAAUUGUAAAUCUAGUAUUAUAAAAAAAAAUUAUUUUUUCUCUGCUUAUAUAAAAAAAAGUUGUUUAUAAUUUAGUAACAUAAAAUUAAAAUUUUAUAUUUAAUCAUUUAAAUUUCAAAUUUUGCUUUAAAUUAUAGUUUUUUUUUGCAAAAUCUCAUACAUUUUUAAAGUAAUAAAUUAUUAUUAUUAACAUGACAAAAUUUUCCUUUUUUUAAAUACCAACAAUAGGUUAGUUUAAUUGUACACAAAAAUUAGAGUAGUAUUAGUCAAGGGAAAGAUGCAAUUUUGAUUUAUUUUUUUUUUUACCUGAAUGUUUAAUCUAUAAAGCUAUAUUCAUUACUUUAAACUUUUAAAGUUUGUAUGGAAAUAACUUAUAUAGGAUUUAUUUUAUUUAAGUUGAAAUAAUUUAUAUUUUGGUUAUAUUUAUAAAAUAAAAUUGUUGUAAAACAUUCCAGGUUUCUUAUAAAUUUUUUUUAUAAAAUAAUUACUUGAAACCAUU